GCGGAACUGUGGGCGGCACCGCGUUCCGGGAACUUCGGGCACCGCCUCCGGGACCCCCUGCCCGCCCGCAGGCAGGAUGGUGCCUACCUCGUGCCCCGCGGUGUCUGUCUGCUGAUGUGCUGAGCCUGUGCCCGCCAUGUCGCACUCCAUCUCGGCCUUCCAGGCCGCCUACAUUGGCAUCGAGGUGCUCAUCGCCCUGGUCUCAGUGCCCGGGAACGUGCUGGUGAUCUGGGCUGUGAAGGUGAACCAGGCGCUGCGGGACGCCACCUUCUGCUUCAUUGCAUCGCUGGCCGUGGCUGAUGUGGCCGUGGGCGCCCUGGUCAUCCCGCUGGCCAUCCUCAUCAACGUGGGGCCUCAGACCUACUUCCACACCUGCCUCAUGGUGGCCUGCCCCGUCCUGAUCCUCACGCAGAGCUCCAUCCUGGCCCUGCUGGCCAUCGCGGUGGACCGCUACCUCCGUGUCAAGAUCCCUCUCCGGUACAAGACGGUGGUGACCCCGCGGAGGGCGGCUGUGGCCAUCGCUGGCUGCUGGAUCCUCUCGCUUGUGGUGGGCCUGACGCCUAUGUUCGGCUGGAACAAUCUGAGUAAGGUGGAGAUGGCGUGGGCGGCCAACGGCAGCGUCGGGGAGCCCGUGAUCAAGUGUGAGUUCGAGAAGGUCAUCAGCAUGGAGUACAUGGUCUACUUCAACUUCUUCGUCUGGGUGCUGCCGCCGCUGCUCCUCAUGGUCCUUAUCUACCUGGAGGUCUUCUACCUGAUCCGGAAGCAGCUCAGCAAGAAGGUGUCGGCCUCCUCCGGUGACCCGCAGAAGUACUACGGGAAGGAGCUGAAGAUCGCCAAGUCUCUGGCCCUCAUCCUCUUCCUCUUUGCCCUCAGCUGGCUGCCCCUGCACAUCCUGAACUGCAUCACCCUCUUCUGCCCCACCUGCCACAAGCCCACCAUCCUCAUCUACAUCGCCAUCUUCCUCACGCAUGGCAACUCAGCCAUGAACCCCAUCGUCUACGCCUUCCGCAUCCAGAAGUUCCGGGUGACCUUCCUUAAGAUCUGGAAUGAUCAUUUCCGCUGCCGGCCGGAGCCCCCCAUUGACGAGGACCUCCCUGAAGAAAAGGUGGAUGACUAGACUGCGUGUGCCCCUGCCAGCCCACGUCUAGCAGGCCUCAGCCCGGACCCAUGUCCCCACUGUCCCUCUGGUCUUGCUGGGCUCCCACAGGUGGGCUGUGGCUGUGACACAAGGAGGCUCUCAGGAGAGGCCCUCAGAGCAGGGGCUCGUCCCCGAGGAGUUCACGGCCCUGCAUCCUGGGGGCCCGUGAGGGCAGUCUGUGGGGAAGGCACUGGGUGCUGUGGGGCGAGGGAAAAGUGUCUUGAGCCACUUUGUCUGCCCCUCCAUCCCAUGGGUGGUCCAGUGCUUCAGGGCGGGGCAGGUCCUGGGCGGGACUGUGGACGGGGCUUUGGGAUUGGGGGAGAAUGUUCAGGCCAGGGGAGAGAGUCUGCUGGUCUUAGGUGUUGAUGGUGUAGCUCUGAGACCCAGCUUCAGGACAGGAGGGCAUCUCUCCCAAGAUGGAGGGUGGGAGAAACGAUGACGCCCUGGCCUUACUUUCUCUACUGUUCUCUAGAAGGUGGCCAGGAGCAGCUGCAGGGCAGGAAUGAAGGAGCGUCGGCCACCAACUCCAAGGAUUCUGUACUUUUGGCCACGACAGGGUCAGGAUACCUGCUCUACUAACCCAGGGCAGCCCAGGGUUGUACUUGAGAGAGGCAGAGGAGUGGUCCAGAAAUCAUUUCCCACAUUUGCUUUAUUCUUCACCAGCCCUUGGAUGGGGGUGCUCCAAGCCCUGGGGAGCAAGGCUCUGUAGCCACUGUCUUCAAGCAUCCGCCAGGGGGCAGCACCGAGGCUCUCAUGCCCGGAGAGUCCCAGGAGCCUGGCGUGCAACUUCCUAUCUUCUGGGCCACCACGUUCCACUAGCCCUCCGUGACAGGCUUGGGCUGCCCCGGGGACACCAUCACUGCUACUUCGAGGGCCAAUGGAGAAGAAAGCUUCAGUUCUUGGAGCUUUCUUUGGGGAAUGGGGUGAAGGAAACAUCCCAGAGGCCUGGAAGGUGGCGUGUGGCGGGCAGGAACCAUCCAGAAGGGACAUCGGCAGGGCGAGAAUGCAGGAAGGCUCUUCCUGGCAUUUAAUUCCCCAUGUGGCCCUUACUCUGCGGGGGACUUCGGAAGCUGUGGUGCAGUUGGAAUCCAGGCCUUGAGGGCUCUGACUCCUUGCCAAGAGCUGGUAGACCGUCAUGGAGGGUGGGGUGGGGAGAGAUGGUUAUGGAGCUCAUGGGUUCUGGGUGUGAAUACUGACUCCAGGCCUUUGCUUGCUGGAGAUGAGGUGUCCCUGGCUCCUAGUGGAGCCCCCUGUGACUAAUAAAAGACCGUGAACCCUCGUGGAGACAGCGUCUCUAGCACCCACUGCCACUGGUGUCAGAGGAACCAACACAGCCUCGGCAGAGAAGACAGAAUGGGGGCAGGAAGAAGCUAGGAGAGGGGGCGUCGGGAGGGGGUUGGAGCCAAGAGGGGGCCGGAGAGGUGUUUCUGUUGCUAUAGUUACGCACCUGGGGAAGCAACCCCCGAGUCAGCGAGAUCAUGACUGGAAAAUGCCCGGUGACAUCUUGAGACCCUUCCCGUGUCACUUUCCUCAAAGUGGCAUAUUCAGUGCCACCCCUGUAGCGACGCAGCGCCUCCCCUGCACAAUGACGCUCACUGCCGCAGAGGCCCCUGGGCCGCUGCAACACUGCUCUUUAUUAGGGUGCUUUUCACUGGCACACAGCUCGGCAGGGCAGCCUGACCUCUGUACCUUCUGGGCACCUUGUGCCAGGAGCCCUGGCCCGGGGCCUGCUGGGCCCACUCCCAGGUCCAAGACUUCGUCAUCUGGGGGCAGGAGGCCAGCAGGUACCAGGGGUGGCUCCUUCAGCCGUUGCUAUGGAAAUGCAGGUCUUGGGUGUCUGUGGAGCUGCAUUUUGGGACUGGUUCCGCAGGCCUGCAGGGCCUGGCAGAGAACAGAUCCUGCCAGAACAGAGCCCGGGUGUGGGCUGAACACCACCACGUGUUGGAAGAGUGAUUAGAGGUGGGAAAAUUACAUCUCUUCCCCUCCCUCCUUCAGGCCUGAUGCCCAGGGCCGAGCUCUGCCCACCACCUUUCUAGAUCCUUCCUGACUUAUCCAGAGCCUCAGAAUUGCUUGGGGAGGGAAGAUAGGGCAGGGUCUGUUGUCCCCACUCUUUGGGUGAGGAAAUUGCUAAGGUCGCCACCCUGGGCCUCCCCCUGCAGCAGCACCCACCUCCGAGGCUCAGCAGCUCCGCCCUGAGGUACAAAGCCUGGACACUGUGAGGUGGCCGUGACCCGGCCUGGAGCUGACUGCUGCUCUUCCCCCACUGUGCCCCUGCUGCCAGCCUCUGCUCUGCUUCCCUGCUGCCCCCACACAUAACACAGCCACCUACCUGUCUCCUCAUCCCAGCCUCUUCCCGUCACUCUUCAGUGUGUGGCUGAGGCUGGAAGAGACCCUGUGGUUAGAGCUUGGGGAAGGCGGAGGAAGUGAGAGGUUCAGGGUGACACACGGGGUCCUGUCUGCAAAGCACCCUGCUACAGGUGCGUAGCAGACCCUGCUUGGCAAGUUGUUCAGGCAGCCUCUUCUGUCCUCACCACCCUUUCUCUCCUGCCUUCACUUUCUGCUCUGAUCUGCACCUAGUCCAGUACCUAAUGAGGAGCUUCCAUCCUCCCAUCCGCAGCAGGGACUCUGGGGAGUGACCGUCUUCAGACCCACACCUUUGACCUCCAGCCGGCAAUCCACAGAAGCCUCCCCCAGCACAUUCACGGCCUUGCAGGUGUAGACUCCAGAGUCAAAGGGGCUGGGUUUCCGGAUCUCCAGGGUGCAGAUCCCUUGCUCAGAAAGGGCUCGGUACUUGGGGUUGCCUUUGAUGUCCAUGUUGUUUUUCAUCCAAAUGAUCUUGGGCUGGAGGCACCGACAGAGGAGCGAGGUCAGGGAUGGGUGUGGCCUGCGACAGGGCUCCCAAGGGCCACUGCAGUCCUUAGUACAGAUGCCUGGAGGAUUCUCUAGCCCUCCUGUCCCCAGCCAUCCCCCAGGCAGGGCCUCUCACCUUGGGUGAUGCCCGGACGCUGCAGAACAGCUGGGUGCUGUAGCCAGGGGUGGAGGUAUGGUCAGCCAGGGGCUGGGUGAAUGAGGGUGCUUCCGAGAAGUCUCGCUCAAUAAACCCUUGAGAUUUGGCCGUGAUAUCUGGGUUCAGGGGAGAAUUUGAGGUUACAGGAGCAGAGGCGACCUUGGAAGACUGGUCUUACCCAGCAUCUUUGGGAAGCAGGUCAUGGCACAUUCAUGGAAGGUAGAAAGAGAACGUCACAGAGGGAAGGAAACUGACACAGGGCUGAGGUGGGUCAGGGGAGCAGAGAGGAGUGGGUGGGGAAACUGGAGCCACAGCAGAUCUCUGCAGAAGGUGGAGACCAGCAACCUGGAGAUAGCACACUUCCUCUCUUGGUCUUUGGAGACCCAUCUGGUUUUCUUUUUUUUGAAACAAAAAUUUCUUCCUAAUUCUGUGCAGCUCAGUCUGGUGUUAACAAGAGUACACCUUCCAGAGCCCACACAAUCUGGCGGGGAGGGCCUCAGACACGUCAGGUGGUGGGAAGAAGGCCUGGAAUUCUACAUUUGACGCAAAAGGCUCGGCGCCUGCUAGAGACAGUAAAUGCCACAUUCUCCGUGUUCGUCUGUGUGGUGUUCUC